CGUGUGCUGGUCUUGGCGCUUAUGCCUGCUACGGGGUCCCGGCCGCAGGAACAGCUACCCAGGGAGUCCCACAACCUCAACUGGAACAAGUUUUCAGGGUUCUGGUACAUUCUGGCUGUCGCCUCUGAGGGUCAGAGAUUCUUGCCAGGCAGAGACAGGAGGAAGCUGGGGGCAUCGAUGUUGGAGGUCCACAAAGCGGGCCAGCUGAAGGUGGUCCUUGCCUUCAGCCGUGAGUCACAGGGGUGUCAGUCACACACAUUAAUUCUGCGGAAAGAUAGGAAAAAGGCGAUGUUCAGGAAUACUUGUGCGUAUCGGGCGGCCCCACGCUUCUCUUCCGGUCCAGUGAAGGGGGUCGAGGGCUUCCACGUGCUGUCCACCGACUACAGCUACGGUGUGGUCUACGUGCGCCUGGGCCGGGCCGGCCGGACCUCUAAGACCCUGCUGCUCCUCAGUGAGUCCAGUGGAAAAAUCUGGGGAGGGGGCGUGCGGGGUGCGGGUCAGGUGGGGGACGGAGGGGCGACAAGCUCAGAGGGCAAGGUAUGGAAGCACCUGCCUCAGCUCGGGCUCCCUGACAGAGCACCACAGACCGCACCGCACGGGCGCCCGCGAUGGACAUUGAUUCUCACGGCUCAGCGCGCCGACCUGGCGAAUUCCGGGGAGGUCCCCAUUCCUGGUUUGCAGAUGGCCGCCUCUUCACUAUGUCAAGUGUCGGGGAGAGGGCUCCGGUGUCUUCCUCUUCUUAUACGGGCACUGACCCCAUCAUGAGCAGCCAGCUAACCCCACACACCU